AUGUUCUCCGGCGACUGGACGCCGCCGUGCGGCAGCUGCUGCACCAAGAAGUACGCGAGCCUCGUGCAGAUCCCAUGGAGGGUGUUCUGCAAGAAGGGGUGCAACGCGGACGGCGACACCUGGGACGAGUGCAUAGGAAAAUGUACCGAAAUAUGCUACAAAGAUCCGGUGUUAGAAGAUCGCCAGUGGAGCGCCUAUAUUGAUCGAUCUCCAGGGCAGGAUAGUUACUCUUUGGAAUGCUUCAAUGCUUGUGUGUCUGGCUGCGGAUUCAGGUUUGACGUCCCAACGGAGAAGGUCGAAGAGAUCAAACCCAAUAGGCCAUCCAAGCCAUCAGCUCCUGAACCUGAAGUGAAACGAACUAGGAAUGCAGAUUGUACUGAAGAUGUGCCAUGCACGUCAGCCUAG